AUGUCCAUGUUCUCGUUCAUCAGAAAGGGCCGACAGGCAGCCAAGGAGCACAAGGCCGAAAAGGCCGAGAAGGCAAAGAGGGAAGCCGAGAAGCCUCCUUACAGGCACAUCCCAAAACAUGCCGCCAUCGACGCGGUAUCAUCGGGGCCUGCUGGGUGGAGGUCCGAGGACCGCCAGAAGAUUGUUGAUCAGAACAAGCGGAGGAGCGCCAUGACCACCAGUGGCAUGAACAUGACUGGCCAGCCUCGCAUUCACAGCUCUCUCUCCCACGUUUCAUUCCCAGCUGCCUUCGCUACCCCGGUGGUCCCCAGGACGUACAGCUACAGCAGCAUGCCCGCCGGUUGGGCGUCUGGGGAUAUGAACUACAGCAACGUCGACGUCUCUAGUUCGUCGGUGAAGGGCAAGGAGGUCGAUAGGAGCACAUCAGCCUCGCUUUAUCUGAGCCGAUCAGCAGCUAGAUUGUCAGCCGGGCGAUAUCCAAUGAACAUGAACGCCGUCAUUGGCACCGGUGAUCUCUCAAUCUCGCCUGUCGACAGCUCCAGCAACUCGACAAGCUCGCAGGACGAUCUGGAGAUGGAGCCCAUCAAGCACGCAUCCCUCCCACCAGUGACGAGCAAGACAAGAGGCUACUCAAGACCCAUGAGCGACAGCGGCUCCAUCCACCGCCUUCACCCAGCCCGAAGACUCUCCGACGCUGAACAAAACACCACCCCCCACCCCGGCCCCAGCGCGCACCUCCUACUCCCCACGCACGAGCUCCCUCCCCGCCGGCAUCCCCCCCGUCCCAGCAAUCCCGGCCAUGCAAUUCGGCGCCGCGAUCACAACCUCCACCGUCUCCUCCACCACCGCCUCGGCAGCCAGCUCCGUAACCAUGGUCCCCAUCGCCUCGAGCGUUUCCCUCCACACCAACAAUACCAAACCAAUAAUCAAAAACGUCGAAGAACGCCGCGACGUGGCGGUUAUUUCCCUGACCCCCGAACCCUCCAGCGACGAGGAAGUCUCCCCCGUCGGAACCGCCAUCUCCCCCAUCACCACCUCCCCUACCAAGAACAAGAGGAGGACGUGCAAACCCAGCCGGUUCCCCGAGCUGGAGACGAUCAACUCGAAUAUUUCCAUCGCCGCGGUUGA